AUGAACAGCCAGAAGUGCCGCACAAAAGCCUUGAAGAUCGCAGUUGCCGUGGCUGGGGUGGAGUCGGUGGCCUUAGUUGGAGAAGAGAGGAACGAGAUCGUAGUGACCGGGGAACGGAUCGACGCCGUAGCGCUGGCGAGCUCGUUGCGGAAGAGCGUGGGAUUUACGGACGUUGUAAGCGUCGCUGAUUUUGACGGCGACCAAAAUGGAGUUUUAGGGACGGAUUUUGUUCAUGGACAAGGGCAGCAGUUGCAGGCAAUUGGUUGGACGAACAAUGGGAAUGGCAACAGCGCUGGGAUUAAUUAUGGAGGAGGUUAUAAUGUGGGGGUGCCUAAUUAUUAUCAUAAUGAUAAUUAUGGAUAUGAUAAUCGCCCACGUUAUAAUUGUCAAUACCAUGACUAA